AGUUCGCCUCCUCGUGGUGCAGCCUGGGUAACGCUAAAUGAACUACAAAACCCCUAAUCCAAGAAGUGACGCGACCCGUGUCGAGGGAUGAAUGGUAUGGGGGGUUUCAUCAAAUACCUAACCGCUAACGGAGCCUAUGGGGGUACCAGAGCGCAACCCAUCAGUAAUAAAUGCUCUUACUGUGUUACGGCAGGGCACUGACGCAGUGGACCGUAUAUUUCCCUAGCGACUCGUGGGAUCCAAACAAUGAGCACAACAAACAACACAAAAACAAACCAACAGGGUCCCGAUGCACCCCAAGCAUCGGAAAACAAACCGGAAGCUGAAAAGCUUCCAACAACAACAACAACUGUAGCAACAGAGGGAGAAGAACAAGCAACGAAACAACAAGAAGUGGUGCCUGCAGUAGAACCAACACCUCAAAAUGGCACCGCUGAAACGAAAGCCAACGAUGAUUCAUCAGCAGACGCAGAGAAAACGGCAACGGAAACGAUGCCCGAUGCAACUGCUCCCAAUGAAGAAUCAAAACCGGAAGCCAUGGACGUUACUUCUUCGGAAGAAACAAAGCCCAACAUCGCUGCUAGUGCAGAAGCCAAACCGGUCAGUAACAAACCGGCGGCUAAAACUGCUAAACCUGGCAGUGUAGCUGAGAAAAAGCAGAUUCGUUACAUCAAAAAACGCGAGAAAUGGUUGCUCGAGAAUGGUUACAGCGCGGAUGAGGCGGAAAGCAUAUCGAAAGAUCCGUUCAAGUUCAAUAGGCUUCGAAGACAGCAGGAGCGGACUGAGAAAGAUUUGCCGAAACGCCUAUCAUCGGUUCAAGGACCGCCAAAGAGUGUCGAGGGUGGAAUCCCGAUGGCUGUCGCUUCGAAAGAUCAUCCGGUAACUUUCCUCACAAAAGAGCAGUGCAACACAAUCAAAUCCGCUAUACUGAAACAGGUCGUACAACAGAAAGAUGCCGCCUUCAAGCCUCGCUUCGAGGAUUGCGUUCUCGCCAGCGGUUAUCUAUUGGUUCGUUGUUCAGAUCAUCAAACUCGCCAAUGGCUUGAGAAAAUCAUACCGACACUGGAUUUGUGGAAAGAUGCUUCUGUCAAAGUGAUGUCUGAAAAAAAAUUACUGAAUGUUGAUGAGUUCGUAGGCUCCUUCACCGAUAGCCUUAAGGACAGCAACAAAGAAAUUUUUGAUUUUGUUGAGUGUCAGAAUGAUGGUAUAAGCACAUCCAAAUGGAAAGUUGUCAGUCGUAAAGAGUUUACUCAAAAACAAAUCAUCGAACUCACAUUCAUUGUGGAUGCUGCAUCUGCCAAAAUGAUUCACACUAAAGGAUACAAUUUGAAUUACAAAUUCAAAAAAGUCGCUCUUAGCAGGAAAAUUAAGCCAGUUGCUGGUAGUAAUGGUGGUCGUAUCGCCAAUACUAAUGCUAAUGCUAACAGAGUUCAGAGUAAUAACAGAGUUCCGAGUAAUAACAGAGGUCAGAGCAACAUUAACCGAGCUCCAGCAAGACGAGCUCCUAGAGAACAAAAACCUUUCUCGUCUUCUUCAUUCGUUCCCAUUUGGGACAGUAACCUACCGAAGGGUGGUAACUACAUGAGAGCCCCUAACCAGCAAAGAUGGAGUGCUACUGACCAAGGCCGUGGCAAUGUAGGAAGCUCGAGCCGUAGCAAUGUCGGAAGCUCGAGCCGUAACACCAAUAGCAGCAGCCACCCGUACGAUAGUGGUUCCCGUAACGGAAGUUAUGGAGGAAGAUCGCAGGGUAGCAGCAGCUCUGGUGGUACAGACGCUCAGUUGAGCGCUAUUCGCUCGCUGAAUCUGAUUAAUAGCUUGUACGACCAGCUGAGGACCACUGUGACCAGUUCGCGGGGCAACAACUCUUCCUCCAAUCCGCCAGGAUCUAGUAGAUCUCGCGACAAUUCCGAUCGAUACAGAUCGCGGCGCGGUAACAACAACAGUGGCGGUGGUGGUGGUCGGAACUCGUACAACUCCAAUUCCGGACGCAGCAGUAAUUCCCAGAACAAUCGGAAUAAUUUCAAGCCCUCAAAGUUUUUCUAACUAUCAACGAUUCCAGAAACAUUUCAGCAACAUCUAAGCAACAGAAUUCAUGAAGAAUCAAUGUAGGAAAUAAAUCUGCUAUAAAUUGGAAA